AUCACUCUCUGUCUUUCUCCCCGAGAAUCACUCCUGCAAUCAACUUUGUUCACAUUUUUUGAGAGGACUAGGGAUGGUGUGGAAAAGCAUUUUUGUUCACGUUGGCUGUGCAGUAUAAGUUAGCCAUGCCCUUGAUUAAUUUUAACAUAUAAAAUCUGCUGUAUGUAUGUAGGUCUGUGUAGCAGGUCCUAGUUUGCAAGUAGAGCAGUAGAAUUAAAGAUGGCAUUGCUAGCCGGAUCGUUUGCUUUGUUUCGUGAAUGCAUGGUGUUGCUUCUCUUUGCGACCCUCGCAGCUUAUUGCUUUGCUGAAGAAAGAGCAGUUUAUUUGGUUCUGGUGGAAGGAGAGGCAGUUGCAUUCCGUCACGGUUUUGAAGAAGGAACAAGUUGGCUCAAUCCCAACAGUGAAUCGUCAAAGGCUCAUGCAAAUGACCUGGUGAAUUCCCAUGACCAACUUUUACGAAGCACUCUAGAUGCCGGCUGCUACAGCAAGCUUUACAGCUUCAAACACAUCGUUAAUGGCUUUGCCGUCCACACCACCCCUUCUCAGGCUGAGAAGCUGAAACAUGUGAGUGUAGUGAAGGUGGUGGAGAGGGAUAGGGGAAUAAAAUUAAUGACAACCUACACUCCCAAGUUCCUAAAGAUACCUAAAGCAGUGUGGAUGGAGAAGGAAGGCGGCGGAGAAAUGAGAAGCACUGAUGGCGGUGAAGGGGUCGUGAUAGGUUUUGUAGAUACAGGCAUCAACCCAGUGCACCCCAGCUUCGCCUUUGAUCCCACCUCUCAUCAUCGCGGCGGCGGCGGUCGUCGCUUCUUCACUGGCGCGUGCGAGACUGGUCCUCGAUUUCCCCCAACUUCGUGCAAUGGCAAAAUAGUUUCUGCCAGAUUCUUUGCUGCCGGGGCUCAAGCUAUGGCUCCUCUCAACUCCUCUGUCGACUUCCUCUCCCCCUUUGAUGCGGUUGGACAUGGCAGCCAUGUGGCUUCAAUUGCUGUCGGAAAUUAUGGGACCCCUGUGGUUGUCGAUUGCUUCCUCUAUGGGAGAGCUAGCGGGAUGGCGCCACGUGCACGAAUUGCUGUGUACAAAGCUAUAUAUCCAAGCGUGGGUGCUCUAGCAGAUGUGGUUGCAGCAAUUGAUCAGGCAACGAUGGACGGAGUUGAUAUUUUAAAUUUGUCAGUUGGACCAGAUGGGCCGCCGAAGGAUACAAUCACCUUCUUAGGGGUGUUUGAAAUUGUCAUGCUAUUUGCGCGGAGGGCCGGAGUUUUGGUGGUGCAGGCUACCGGAAACCACGGCCCCGACCCUUCCACUGUCGUGGCUUUCAGCCCUUGGGCUGUUGGAGUUGCUGCUUCCACCACCGACAGGACCUACACCGCCGCUCUCCUCCUCGGAAACCGUCUAAUAGUUGCCGGCGUUGGAUUAUCAGGACGAACUUAUGGGAAUAGUUCAUGCCAAUAUAAGCUAGUGUUGGCGAAGGAUGCCAUCAAGGCAAAUUGGACCUCGCCCAAGAGUCCAGAGUACAUGGAAGAGUGUCAAUAUCCAGAAGCACUGGAGCCUGCAAUAGUGCACGACAGUGUGGUGAUCUGCACCUUCUCGGCAGGAUUCUCCAAAGGGACCUCCACACUCACCGCCAUUAUUAACACUGCAAAGCUCCUAGGAUUCAUGGGCUUUGUUCUAGUCGCCAACCCCACCUAUGGUGAUUUUGUCGUUGAACCCAUUCCUUUUUCUGUUCCAGCAAUUAUGAUCCCAACGGUAGCCAGUGCAAAGGUACAUUUUAUACAAGCAGUAUACCUACAGAGGUGCAAAAGGAAAUUAAAUCUUUAUGAAAUAAGAUUGACCAUGCCUUUGCUACAGAUUAUAGUGCAGUAUUAUAAUCAGCAUACCUACAGAGGUGCAAAAGGAUUUGCUACCAGAUUUGCAGGGAGAGCAGCCAUUGGCGAAGGAAGAGUUGCCGCGUUCAAGGGGGCAGCGCCGAUUGUUAGCAGAUUCUCAUCGAGGGGACCCGAUAUCAUCGAUAGUGCUGGAAAUCCUGCUGAUGUGCUGAAGCCCGAUAUUCUGGCCCCUGGGCACCAAAUCUGGGCAGCUUGGAGCCCCCUCAGUGUUCUGGAUCCCAUCCUCAAUGGAUACAAUUUUGCACUAGUAUCUGGUACCAGCAUGGCAACACCUCACGUGGCCGGAAUAGCAGCGCUCAUCAAACAGCAUAAUCCUUCAUGGACUCCUUCGCUAAUUGCCUCUGCAAUCUCUACCACUGCAAUCAAGCAUGACAAACAUGGGCAACCCAUACUGGCACAAGGAUCCGAUAUUAGUAGCUUGAAUCGUGCCAGUCCUUUCGAUUUCGGUGCUGGCCUUUUAGAUCCAGCUCGCGCUGAUAAUCCGGGUCUGGUUUUUCCAUUAGGAUUCCAGGACUACAUCAGCUUCCUGUGCUCCUUACCCGAGAAUGACCCAACUAUGAUUCGAAAUGCUACUGAAGAAUCGUGCAGUAAGCCACUUAGCAACCCAUCUGACCUGAACCUUCCUUCAGUGACAAUAUCAAAACUAACUGGAUUCAGAUUGGUACGCCGAAAUGUCAUGAACGUAGGCAACAAGCCAGAGACAUACUUAUUCUCAGUGCUACUACCCGAAGGGGUCAUAGUUGGCAUGUAUCCACCUUGGUUCACCAUAGGUCCAAGGGAAACCCAAGAUUUGGAAAUACAUUUCAAUGUGACCCAAGCAACGGAUGAGUUUAGCUUUGGUGAGAUAGUUCUAACAGGAAGUUUGGAUCACAUUGUGCGGAUGCCUUUAUCUGUUCUGCCUGUUUCCAUGUCGCACAAAUGAGAGAUGGUAGCUUUCGUAAUUUCAGGGGAUUGGAGACUAUUUUCAAAGUGGAUAAUGCAGAACAAAGGUCUAAAGAGAAGACAACGACAAAUUAUAUGGGAUUUGCAGAUAGUGCAAAGUAAAUUUGCUUUGGAAUUAUUUGACAAAUCACAAUAGAUGGUAAUCAGAGCACUUAAAUAGAAUGUCCCUUCAAUGAUCCAAGAAAAAUGACAAUAUUCCAAAAAGAAAUUCACGCAAUACAUAAUGCAAUGAAAUUAGUACUCAUUCAUAAUUUGUCCAAAAA